CUUAUAUAUAAGCAAACUGCUUAUUGUCGAAAUGAAUUAUUUUUCGUUGCAGAGUUUUUUAAAUAUCAUUAUUAAAAACCUGUCGAGGGAACUAGGAUCCCAAAAAUUCAUUGAAGUACCUAAAACAAUUUCAGUUUUACAAGCUUAACUUCGAAAAACAAAUUCUGUGGAAGUAUUUUACUUGAAUAUUUAAAUAUUUAUUUUAAUACUGUUAUUUUAAACUAAUUAAUUCCCAGUCGUAUUAUCAUAAUGUGUUGUUGGUGGUAUCCAAGAAGGAGACGAACAUACGAAUGCGCACCUUAUGGUCCAGCCGUCCCUGGAUAUCCCUCGCACCAUCAUAAUCAUCACUAUAAUCCUCCCGUGUACAUUGGGUCCCCAGGCAUUGGGCACGGUCCACAUCAUCAUCAUCACGGUCAUCCAGCCCACGCCCAACCUCAUUUUGGUGGUCAUCAUGGUGGUCAUCAUUAAUUAAUUAGGGUUUAUUUUACUAGGUAGAUACUAGCAUAUAUAGCAAUUACAUUAUGUAAUUUACAUAUGUACCAUACUCUUGCUCCAUGCAAAGCAACUGCAUGCAUAUUUUUACUUUCUUAUCCUAUAUGAAAUUAAGCAAGUACAUUGGCAUUAACCCAAAAUCAUGCAUUAUCGCAUAAUAAUUAUUUAUAUUUGUACGUAGAAGCAUUUGUGUACUCCAAUUGCACACAUGGUUAAGAUACAUUUUCUUAAUUAUCGGAAUAAACAAGUUGACAUGUACCUAUAAGCAUUUAAACAUGUUAUAUUCACGUUAAACUACAACUCACAUCAAAUCCGUGCAUUUCACUCAUUUGCAUACAUACGUGCAUUUGGCUGGACGAAUAAGAUGUAAAAUUGAGUGUUAAACCUUCUAUUUCCAUCGCAUAAAUAUAUUUACUAUAGGUGAACAAGUCCACUAAAAUUGUGGGAUGCCACAACUUAUGUAUACAUGUAUAUGUAUAUGUAUAAUGGGCGGUCAGAGGAAAUUUUAACCCUUUGUCACCUUUGGUCUAAACAUUUUGAGCUGAAAUAAUUUUUAUUGUGAAAUAUGAUGAAUAAACUCGAGUCAAACGUUUGACAGUACUGUCAACUGUCUUCACUUUGAUUUUAUACUUUGCUAAAUAUAUCAUCUUCCUUUGAGAAAGGAAUAUUGGAUCUAAAGUGAUAUUCUCAAAAUUCCAUUGACGUCAACAUUUUGACAUUCAUCUUUAAAGAUCAGAAUAGAUAAUUCAAAAAUUUCGCAAUCCGUUUUCACUAUUUUUCAUCUCUUAACCAACUUUGUUACAUUAGUGUCUUCGACAAUCUCAAGCAAAAUGGACAAAAUAAUUUCUCUUCUGGAGAACAAUACCUCAUUAUUUGUCGCAAGUAACAUUAUUACGACCUCACUUUCAAUAUCGUACAUUUUGUAUAAGAGAAAGCAACGAAAUGAGUUAGCACGCCUUCGCCCCACACGACUUGUGGUAAUCACUGGAUGUGACUCCGGUCUUGGACUGUCAAUGGCACUUUGGGCCCGACAAUUGGGUUACCCGGUUCUUGCUGGGUGUCUAAAUCCUGAUGGAGAAGGAGCCAAUUUGCUAAAGAAAGAAGGGGUCACAAUUUCUCGACUUGACGUGACCAAGGCCGAGAGCAUCAAUGAUUUCCAGGAGGCUUGCACAAAGGUCCUCGAGGAAACGAAAACAAAACUAUGGGCCGUCGUUUCCAAUGCUGCAGUAUUAGUGUGUGCUGAAGUUUUAUGGCAAACCCAAUCGCAAUGGGAGCGACAGUUUGCGGUCAAUUUUUGGGGAGCGGUUCACCUUACAAAACAGUUCCAACCGUUGCUCUUCCAACAUAAGAGUCGUUUCAUCAUUAUUUCGAGUGACUGCAGCAAGCUAGCCCUGCCCGGACUGUCGAUGUAUGCAGCGUCAAAAGCAGCCUUGGAAUCCUGGGGGCGAGGCCUUCGUCUAGAGUUUGGAAAGUAUGGUGUCACUGUGGUCUCGUACCAGCCAGGAUCGUUUGCUUUCUCGUCACAAAUAUUCGCAGGAAGUGCCACACAUUACGCCGAAAUGGAGAAGAACAUGUCCCCACUUGAUAAAGAAUUUUAUGGGGACUACUUUACGGGUUGGAAAAGGUUGAAGGCCCAACUUUCAGAGCAAUUGCCCAGUGUACAGCCUCUGAAGAGCAAACGACACCAGAAAGAUUUGAAACUUUUGCUGGAAGGAAACCUGUCAAGAACGCCCGUAGUGACGUACGAAACUUGGGUGCAGCUAGUUUUGCUUUGGGGUGAAAAACUUCUUCCACGAGCACUCAGUGACAAGCUUCUUACGUUCACAAUGAAUGGUGCUGUGGACGUUUUUUGGAAGCCGAUGAAUUAUGCAAAGCUUUGUCGAAAGUUUGUCAGAUAACUUGUGCAAUUACAUAUUUCUAAUACAAAAACUUAUUAUACAAUGUGCUCAUACAUACAUAUUUUGCAAGAUUUUCUGAUUUUAUUCAAUAUAAAUGUCACAUUGGGAAA